AUGGGGAGUGAUGAAAAGAAGUCAUUGUUUGAGACUAGCAAAGACAGAGCAAGACAUAUUCGCAGGCUCUAUGCUGUCUCUGGGUUUGUAGCCAUAUGCUUUGUCUGGGCAUUCAGAUUGAGCCACAUACCCGCAAAAGGGGAACCUGGCCAAUGGGCUUGGCUUGGUUUGUUUGUUGUGGAACUGUGGUCUGGCAUCUAUUGGGUCUUCUAUCAAGUCCCCCGCUGGAACUUGGUCUUCAGAAAAACCUUCCCCAGCAGACUCUCUCAGAGAUAUGAGAGUAAGUUGCCGGGAGUGGACAUAUUUGUGUUUACGGCAGAUCCAGUGGUUGAGCCACCCGUGAUGGUGAUAAAUACUGUCUUAUCUGCGAUGGCUUACGACUAUCCAACUGAGAAGCUGAGUGUGUAUCUCUCAGAUGAUGCUGCCGCAGAUGUAACUCUUUAUGCUCUUUUGGAGGCUUCUAACUUUGCCAAGCAUUGGGUGCCAUUCUGCAAGAGAUUUAAGCUCGAACCGAGGUCACCUUCUGCCUUUUUUAACACCCUUCUCUCAACAAAAUCACACGACCAUGACUAUGUCAAGCACUUGGCAACCAUCCAGAAAUUAUACGAAGAAAUGAAAAGGCGAAUAGAAGAUGCAACCAAGUUAGGAGUACCCAGUGAAGCACGGUCAAAGCAUAAUGGAUUUUCCCAAUGGGAUUCGUACUCCUCUCGACGUGAUCACGACACUAUCCUUCAAAUACUGGUGCAUAAAAACGAGUCGCAAAACUCGAAGGACGUAGAAGGAUGCAUUUUGCCAACCCUAGUUUACGUGGCUCGGGAGAAGAGACCUCAAUAUCACACCCACUACAAAGCCGGAGCUGUAAAUUCAUUGUUAAGAGUGUCUUCAACGAUUAGCGAUGGGAAAAUUAUUCUAAUUCUAGAUUGUGACAUGUACUCGACCAAUUCACAAUCAGUGAGAGAUGCUCUAUGUUUUCUCAUGGAUGAAGAUAAAGGCCAAGAAAUUGCUUAUGUGCAAUUUCCACAAUAUUUUGAUAACAUUGGAAAGAAUGAUCUAUAUGGGAAUUCUUUAGAAGAAGCUAUCGAGGUGGAUCUCCAUGGUUUAGAUGGUUUUGGUGGCCCUAUGUUUAUUGGAACGUGUUGCUUUUUUAGAAGAGAUGCUCUUUACGGGAAGAAGUAUAGUUGUGAAUACAAAAAUGACUGGAAUGAUGAGAAUGAGAACGAGGUGACUGAGGUAAACAUGCAUGAACUAGAAGAAGAAGCAAAGGCUUUAGCAAGUUUUAGAUAUGAGAAAAAUACUUCAUGGGGGAAAAAGAUUGGUGCAGUAUAUGGAUGUCUUGUGGAGGACGUGAUAACAGGGAUGCGAAUUCUAUCACAAGGAUGGAAAUCUGUUUACUACAACCCACCAGUGAAGGGUUUUUUGGGUAAUGCUCCAACUAACUUGCUUCACACACUAGUUCAAUUCAAGAGAUGGGGUGAAGGUCAUAUACAAUUUGCGUUAUCUGAGUUCAGACCUAAUUGGUUUGUUAAUAGACAGAUCAAUUUAGCCCUACAAAUGGGAUAUUGCCACUUUAACUACAUGGCAACCAUUUCCUUGCCAGUACUGUAUUACUGCAUCAUCCCUUCACUUUAUCUCCUUCAGGGAAUUUCCUUGUUUCCAAAGAUAUCUAGCUCAUGGUUCAUACCUUUCGCAUAUGUAAUUGUUGGGGAAAUUACUUACAGUUUGACUGAGGGUUUGACCAAGGGAUCUUCACUCCAAGGUUGGUGGAAUGGUAUGAGAAUGUGGCUGUACUUGAGAACAAGUUCCUGUCUUUUUUCCUUGGUAUCUCUCUUUGGACGAUCAAAUUCAUCCUUUUUACUCACAUCAAAGGUCAUAGAAGAUGAUGCUGUCCAACGUUACGAGAAAGAGAUCAUGGAGUUCGGAACCUCUUCUCCGUAUUUCACUGUUCUGGCAACACUCGCAUUGCUCAAUUUGUUUUGUUUGCUUGCAACUUUAAAGGACUUGGUCCUUGGCAAUGGUGCCUUUGAUGCUGAGAAAAUGGUACUGCAACUUCUCUUGUGCGUAGUUUUGGUUCUCAUCAAUUUUCCCCUAUACGAAGCCAUUUUUCUGAGGAAGGACAAGGGUAGACUGCCAACCUCUCUUUCUAUCAAGUCUACUAUAUUGGCUUUCACUGCAUGCGUCUUCUUCAAACUAUUCAACUGA